AGAAGGCGGGCGGGGAGAGUUCAGUCCGGGCAGGUCUGUUGGGGAGCGCAGACGGGGCGGCACGAGGCUCAAAGGGGGGACUCAUCCAACAUCCAGGGCUGGUCCUGCGGCUUCUCUGACGCUCCCGCUCCUUGCAGCCAGGCGCCCGCCAUGCCAUUCUCAAACAGCCACAACCUCCUGAAGAUGAAAUUUUCGGCGGAGGACGAGUAUCCGGACCUGAGCACGCACAACAACCACAUGGCGAAAGUCCUGACCUUGGACCUCUACUCCAAGUUGAGGGGCAAGCAGACUCCCUGUGGAUUUACUGUGGAUGAUAUCAUUCAGACUGGGGUGGACAACCCAGGCCAUCCCUUUAUUAUGACUGUCGGGUGUGUGGCUGGCGACGAGGAGUCGUACGAAGUGUUUCGGGAGCUCUUCGAUCCCAUUAUCGAGGACCGCCAUGGGGGAUACAAGCCUUCAGACCAACAUAAGACGGACUUGAAUCCUGAUAACCUACAGGGCGGUGAUGACCUGGACCCCAACUAUGUCCUCAGUGCACGAGUCCGAACUGGCCGCAGCAUCCGUGGCUAUUGUCUCCCCCCUCACUGCAGCAGGGGGGAGAGGCGUGCGAUUGAGAAACUUUGUGUGGAAGCUCUGGCUAACCUAGAAGGAGAUCUGAACGGGAAGUAUUAUGCUCUGAAGAACAUGACGGACGCGGAGCAGCAGCAGCUCAUUGAUGACCACUUCCUGUUCGACAAGCCCGUUUCCCCUCUGCUCUUGGCCUCUGGGAUGGCUCGGGACUGGCCCGAUGCCCGGGGCAUCUGGCACAAUGACAACAAGACCUUCCUCGUGUGGAUCAACGAGGAGGACCACCUUAGAGUUAUUUCCAUGCAGAAAGGUGGAAACAUGAAGGAAGUCUUCCACCGCUUCUGCACUGGGCUAACGCAGAUUGAAACUCUCUUCAAGUCCAAAAACUAUGAAUUCAUGUGGAACCCUCACCUUGGCUACGUCUUAACCUGCCCUUCCAACCUUGGUACGGGUCUCCGUGGCGGAGUUCAUAUUAAGUUACCCAACCUGGGCAAGCAUGAGAAGUUCGGCGAAAUUCUCAAGAGGCUGAGGCUGCAGAAACGGGGCACAGGUGGUGUAGAUACAGCUGCUGUAGGAGGUGUUUUUGACGUCUCAAAUGCGGACCGCCUUGGGUUCUCUGAGGUGGAGUUAGUACAGAUGGUGGUCGACGGGGUGAAGCUGCUGAUCGAAAUGGAGAAAUGCCUUGAGAAAGGCAAGUCCAUCGAUGACCUCAUCCCAGCCCAGAAAUGAAAAGCACUUUAAUUCCUACCCGUCCCGCCUGCCCACGCUUCUUCCUAACUUAUUGGAUGAAUAAUCAAACAAGAAGAAAUGCUCCAAUAAACAAAAAAAAACCCCUUCUAUUGGAGUCAAAAAGAAGAGAAAUUUCCACUUAGUAACACUUGUAGAGAAGUCUUCCAUCCAUAUGUGUUAGAGUUUAUUUUUUUGAUGGCUGAGAUGUCACUGACAAACUGAAAUAAAACCAUUGUUUGGCCUGA